AUGGGCUCGUGCAAGCGAGUUGGCUGGACUGAAAGUAAAAUCGAGCUGGACAGAUGGCUAGCCUCUUGCAUGGAGGCUGCGCACUGCGGGAGCGCGACGCCACGCCGGUUGCUCAUUCAGUACCGGCGACUGAUGGCCAACUAUGUAUAUAUCCCGUUUGAAGCCCAACCGGAAGACAUGAAACUGGCUGGAAAAUGGUAUUGCUGGUGA